GUCAAUGACGUCGAUCGUAUACUGGGUACGCGGUAUGCCUGGGUGGACAGUAUAGUUACUUCAACAUUAAAUGGAAUAAAAUGCCGCGGAUUCAUGUAAAUAGAGACGUCGCUUCAGCAUAAUUAAUGAGUGCUUCUUAAAUAAGACAUUAAGACGUCGGGAGCGCGGGUGACUGGCUUAUUUUCGGCUUUUUAUCCGUAAUAUUUCAGGGAGAGGAGUGCCGCCCUCCUCACCACAGCAGCUGCAGGCGAAGUUUGCCACUUUCGUCCUUGUUGUACAAACAAUGAACUGAGGACCUCAGCGCCUCAACAUCACACAUCUCUGCAGCACCCACUAUUCACUCUCGCCGCCCCGUCAGUAAAAGAAGUCGGUUACCUCACCACACCUGGGCAGAGAAAUGUGUGUGUGCAUAUAUCCUCGGAUGCAUUACUGUGUCUAAAUGUUUUUGGGCUAAAGUAAGAGGUAGUAGACUGCACUUACUCUCCAACCCUUUGAGAGUCUCUUAUCCACUUGACUGACUACGGAAUUCGUCUCCACAAUUGCAAGGCAUCAUGGGUAGAAAAAAGAUUCAGAUCCAACGGAUCACAGAUGAAAGGAACAAGCAGGUGACAUUCACAAAGCGAAAGUUUGGCUUGAUGAAGAAAGCCUACGAGCUGAGUGUAUUGUGUGACUGCGAAAUCGCUCUGAUCAUCUUCAACCACGCAAACAAGCUGUUCCAAUACGCCAGUACUGACAUGGACAAGGUCUUGCUCAAAUACACAGAGUACAACGAGCCUCACGAGAGCCGUACCAAUGCAGACAUUAUUGAGACUUUGAGAAAGAAAGGCUUCAACGGUUGUGACAGUCCAGAGCCGGAUGGAGAAGACUCCAUCGACCAAAGUCCCCUUAAUGAUGACAAAUACCGUAAGACCACAGAGGACCUAGAUGUACUCUUCAAACGCUAUGGACAGUCGACAGCUCCGCCCCAGACAUUCUCCAUGCCAGUCACAGUCCAGGCAUCUAAUCAAAGCACACUGCAAUUCAGUAACCCUGGCAACGCACUGGUAACUACCUCCUAUGUAACAUCAUCAUCGCUCGCGGAUACCCACCUCUUGUCGCCACAGCAACCGGCUCUUCAGAGAAAUACGGUGUCUCCUGGGUUGCCACAGCGACCAGCUAGUGCAGGAGCUCUUCUUGGAGGCGAGCUAAAUAAUUCAAAUGGAGGAUGUCCAAGUCCAGUUCCUAAUGGAUAUACCAGUGCAAGGGCCUCCCCAGGCCUCCUCACCGUUUCCAACGGCAACAGUCUAGGGAAAGUAGUUCCAGCCAAGUCUCCGCCCCCACCUCCAAGCCCCCAGAUGGUCAACAGCCGCAAGCCAGACCUCCGAGUCAUCACCUCACAGGGCGGAAAGAGCCUCAUGCAGAUGACAGAGGAUGAGCUGGAAUUGGUAAACGAGAAUGCCCAGCGGCUGGCAGCAGGAACCCAGGCGGCACAAAGCCUGACCACACCGGUGGUCUCUGUGGCCACACCGAGCCUCCUGACACAGGGGCUGCCCUUCUCUGCAAUGCCCACUGCGUACAAUGCAGAGUACCAGCUGACCAGUGCCGACAUCACUGCUUUACACGCUCUGGCGUCACCUGGCGGCUUGUUGCCAACCAGUGUGUCCACAUGGCAACAGCAGCAGGCUGUUUCCCAGCAGCAGCAGCAGCAACAGCAGGCACAGCAACAACAGCAACAGCAGCAGCAACAGCAGCAACAGCAACAACAGCAGCAGCACCACCAACAACAACUUAGUCUGGCAUCGCUUAGCAAUUUGGUCAUGUGGGGCCUGGACAAACAGAGCAGUGAGCUGUCUAGCCAGGUGUCCAGUCUGGCUGCCAAUCUGAGUGUUGGCUCUCCGUCCAACCUGCUCUUGGGUAGAGAUGAGUGGUUGGGCCGGACUGUGACCCAUAUACCUCAAGGUGCCAUGCUGACAGUAAACACAAACACCGGCGUGAACAUCAAGUCGGAACCCGUCUCGCCCGGCCGGGAUCGCAGCACCCCUUGUCCUCCUCCAUCUUCCACCACGCCGUCCUCGACUACAGGGGGAGCCAUCCUGACCGCACCGCCACAGUAUCCUGGCUCCCUGCUGUGCCUGGAGCCCCCGACUGGCCGUUCGCCCGCAGACAGCGUCAGCAGCAACGCCAGCUCAUUUGAAGGCAGCGAUCGUGAUGACAUUGGUGCAGCUGGUGGAGGAGGUACAGGUGGAGGGGGCAGCGGUGGUGGCAGCGCAGCUGGUGCUACAGGAAGUGCUGUUCCCGGCAGCCGCCCUGACUUCAGCCCCUCGGCUGAACAUCUCAGGGCGUCAAACGAACCAGAGCAGGAGGGAGGAAACAUCAAGCGCAUGAGAUUGGACACCUGGGUCACAUAGAAGCACCUGCCACGCCACUUUGCACCCACAGUGAAGUUUUGUUGACACUUAAACACCCACAACACACACCCACACCCACACUCACCCUUAAACCUCCACUGCCAUGUGACACUAUCAUCACACAUCUGGCUCUGUCUAAAAUCAUACAACUCAGCAGCUUUGCCCAGAUUUCUAAGGCUUUGCCAAAAAAAAAAAUAUAUACAAAUUCGUUGGGGAUCAUGCUCUGAGUGAGGAAAGUAUGACUUGGUGCUCAGAUGGAUAUUUUGUCCUGUUUAGAUCCUUGAAUAGAGGGACAGUAGAUUUUUUAAACCUUCUUGCUUGAAUGGACUCACAUAUGGUAAUUUCCAGUAGAAAUAAGGUGGUGAACCUAUUUUGCAAUCUCACAAAACCAUUAAAAAAACUUUUACAUGGUUUCACCUUCAUGUAUUUCAAUUGAGCUCUGCUACAUUGUUCAGAGUGGGAUUGGUGACUUGAUGACUGAUUGAUUGACAUUAUGGGACUUGUAUGACUCACCACUUCCUGCUAUUUUAAAUCCAACGUCACUUGGAUUGAUUGCUGUCCAUUCUUCAAUUAGUCAUUUCCGAACUGCUUUUGGAUAAAACUUAAUCUGGACAAGUUUGAGGAUGGAGCAUCUAUCUGGCACUGAGCAAACAGCCUCAAACAUUCUUCUAGGUAAAGACACUUCACCAUGAGUGGUUCUUUCUGCUGCCACGUUUCCCAACCCCGUCCACCCAGGCAGGCCCGAACCCUCAGGUGGAGCCAAACAUCUUGCCAGAGUGCUAAUAUCAAUCUUUCUUCAGCAACAAAAAUUGCCAAAUGCUUCUUGCACACAGUGCAGGGACUAUGACGAAUUAUCACGGCCACGGAAAUGAGAACUAGAAACUGUUGAUGCUUUUCAGGCUUUGAGUUCGCCAUCACCUUCCUCAGACGGGGUGCUCCUCCCGUCCUUUCACCUCCUCUGCAACUUGGACGGAAAUUGUUGCAACAGAAAUCCAGCCAACUACUCGGCUUACUACCAGGAGUAGAUGCCAUCCAGUUAAAUGCAUACUAUGAGAUUCUUGAGCUGCUCUGGGGGCUUUCUUGGGUCUGAAAAGCAUUGAGUUCUUUAUCUGUUGGUAUUUAAAAAAAGAAAAAGGAAAAAAUUGUUUUGAAGGUCCGUUCGUUGUCCAGAAGUAGAAAUUCUGACUUUGUAUAAAAAUCACUCCUUAUACAAAAGCUUUGAUGUCCUCUUUAGCUCUCUCUAGCUCUCCUUAGCUCUUUGGCGUGUUUCAAAAAGUGAAAGGAAAAAGACAUUUUCUAUAUUUCUACCGCUUCAGUUGGCGACAAAGUAAAAUAGCUUUUCGGCUUCAACAACGUGUAUGUACAUAUGACUAUAUUUGCAUAGACUUUGCUAGGUAUCCCUAAAAACAAGCAAUGUGUUGAUUCUCAGUGGAUCUGUUUGCAUAUAUGAGUGUGAAAUUAAUAUUACAGUGCAGGGGUUUCGCCACACUAGGUAGUGCUGGUGGAUCGGACUUGUUUUAGUAAACCUAUUUUUUGCUAGUGUUAAUGGUGUGUGCACUUUUUGUCUCUCACAGAGGCCUGCUUGGUUGUGGUGUCAUCGUAUUCUCCUACCACAUAUUUAAAAACCCACAAUCAAAUUGACAUUGUCCAUGACCACCUGAACAUGAAAUGAUUAGGACACUGCCAUUCACUUAAAGUGUAGUUAAGAGAUAAAACACACUUCUUUCAUGCAUAUUUUGACAUUAAGUAGACACAGAUUACACCUUUUUCCACUUUGAAAAUAAGUUGAAAGAUUGGCUACCAAGUGCUGUGUUUCUUGUUCAAUUGUAUAUGUUUUAUAGUAUGAAUUUGUUAAGUUGAAACCAUUUCGAGUUUGUGCAUAUGAGUGUGUGGACACAAGUUGUUUAUAGCUUUCAAAUAGGAAGUUUCUUCAGUGAUUGCUUGACAUAUUUUUCUCUUGUGAUGAUGCUCAACGUACAGACUGUCAGCUGUUUGACUGUCUAAUAUCUUAAACAAUCCUAUACUUUUAAUUCGGUGUGUGUGAAGUGGACACGGCAGCUUUUAUGAAUUGAUGCUGUUUGGUGCGAUUAUUCACAGCCCCCAGCAGAGUGUGAAAUCAGUGUUUAACACGGACACUGUGGCGUUGUGGCAAGUGUCCAGAAAAAUGUGUAUUUGAUCAGGUUAAUUUUGGGUAGCUAUUCAGUCUGCUAAUGUCAGGAUAGUAGUACUGGUUUUUUCUUUGUCAUAAAUUUACCGUCCACCACUUUCAAUGAACUCAUGUUGAAGAAAACUUGCCAUUUUAGGAAAAAUCGCUUAUUCGCUUUCUUACCGAGAUUUGGAUGAGAAGAUCGUGUUUGUGCGGUAUAUUCGAAGCUACAGCCAGUUAUCUCAGCAGGAAAGGGCAAACAGCUAGCCUGGCUCUUGCCUACCAGCACUUCUGAAACUCACCUCUAAUGCUGCCUUUAGGUGAUUACAAACAUUUGAAAAAUUUUCAUCAAAAUGUAGCAUACAUUUAACACCAAAAAUUGAGAAUGUUAUGUCUCAACACUCAAUGCAGACGACCUGAGGUUUUUGUCUGUCUAUUUUUGUACUUUGCCAAAUUUGGCUUUAAUGCUACACCACCUUUUCCACCUCAGCCCAAUACUGAACAGUCUUUUCUUCCGUUGUUUUACUUAGGAUCUUUAAAAUCCAAUAUUAACACUAAUACAGUUAAUUCAGCUUUGUAUCUGCAUCACAGAUAAUGAAUCGCUGCAAAUACAGAGCACAACAACUGUAGCUAAAUCAAGCUUUUUAAAUGAUGUGACUACAAAGCUAACUGCAGUUCGGACACCAUCUUAGAAUAAUGCAUGAACACUCCCGGGUCUGAAUAAGGCACAAAGAUCAAGCAAGAUUUAAGGUGUUAAUUUGCGAGAUUGGUGCUAGUGUGCUUCUUUUUUAUCUUUUUUGGAGGCAGCCAUGCUAGCGGUUUCCCUCUUCCGUCUUUAUGCAAAGCUGGGCUAACCCGCUGGAGCUUCAUAUUUAACAAACAAACGGAGUGAUAUCAAACUUCUCAAGUCCCUGCAAAAAAAUAAAAUAAGCGCAUUUCCCAAAAUGUCCAAUAUUACUUUAAAGAUCCAACUGAGAAGUGAUACCAUCCUUCAGGCAGAGCUAAUGAGUCAUUUCUAUUUUUACAACAACUAGUUUCAAUAGAACUUUGUUUUAGUGGGCGCUAAUGGUUGAUUUGAAAUGUGACACCACACUUCCUGCCUCACGCAGGUUUUGUUUAUGUAAAAAAAGGUUAUUUGUCCAAUCUAGCAGUUAGUCACAAGACAAUCUAUAUGAGAAAUUUAAUCCUGCACCCAUGUUACUUGUUGUGUACAAUGUUUUUUAGAAUCUCACUAUUUUUGGAUUAUUUUGUGCUGGUGACAGUUCCAUUGUCUUUUAUUAAUGAUAUUAUUAUGGAGCUUUUUUUAUUGCUAUUUUGUGUAGGAUAGUUUUUAUUUUCUCUUCCUUAUCAUAAACAUAGUACUGGUUUCCUUUUUUAAAAACAACUUGCUGAAAAUUGCACGAUCGGUUAUUGUGGUAUUAGCAAAUGCAAUGAAGGAAAUACCAGUUAAAUGCUGCAAUUUUAAUUAAGAUAUAGAAUAUAUUUAUAAAAAUGGGAAACAACUGAAAUUAGUUAUUCAUGAAAUUUGAAAAAAAAAUGUAAAUGCAUGGGAUACAGGUAACAAAAUGUAUGUUACGUACAAUAAUGAUAAAGGACAUGCAUCAACAUUACAGCUCAGAAUAAUGUAGCAUAUGAAAUACUAAAGAUUAAAUUUAUAGGUAAUAUAUUGUGUUGAGCUAGUCUGCUUUUCUUUUUUGUUGUAAAGAAAAUAUUUCUUUUUGUUGUUUUUUGAGAAUGAUAUACAAUUUGUGUAUAUUUUCAUAUACAAAGUAUGCACUGAUAUGUUAUUGAAAUUCUAUACCGCUUUUACAAAAAGUGUUUGUUGUACCAAAGUAUCCAAGUCCCUUGAAACCUUAUUACCCUUUUGCGUAUGUUUUACCGUAUUUUAUAUAUUAAAUAGACAAACUGAGUGAAAUUAA